AGGGGGUUACAAACCAGGAAGACGAACAAUAUGCAGAAUUCACGAGCAUGAAAACUGCAAUCCGUGAAUCCAGUUGACAUGUGAGUGCGGUUUAGACGCGUCCAGCCUGAGAGUCAGGAACAACAAGCGAUCCGGCUUCUCCAAAUAUAUGAAAUAAAGCACGCGCGACCCCCCCUCCUUCCAAAACAAAGGUCAAAGUUCACAGGAAGCUGGGGGGCUGCCAUUUUCCCCCUGCUAACAUGUUAGAUGCUAAAACGAAGAGUAGUGGUCGUUGUUGAGAGCGUGUUUUGUUUAUUUUCGUACCGCAGGGAUUCUUUUUUUCCUUUCUGUUUAUGUUUGUUCGCCUCUCCGUCACAUGCGCUAGUCGUCGUGGUUAAUGGAAGGCGGCAUGGAGAGAACAGAACAGCCGUGGAAUUCUUCCUACACGUACCAGGUGAGCGAGCACAGCGCCGAGAUGCUACACAACCUCAACAGCCAGAGAAAAGAUGGAGGCAGGUUCUGCGACGUGAUCCUGCGUGUCGGAGAGGAAAGCUUCCCGGCGCACAAGGCGGUGCUGGCGGCGUGCAGUGAGUACUUCGAGUCGGUGUUUAGCUGUCAGGGCGACGGCGAGGGCAAAGAGCUCGAGAUGCACACGAUCAGCCCUAAAGUUUUCCGAGACAUCCUGGACUUCGCGUACACGUCGAAGAUCGUGGUGCGCUUGGAGUGCUUCCCGGAGCUCAUGACGGCCGCUAAGUUCUUGCUCAUGCGCUCGGUCAUUGAGAUCUGCCAGGAGGUGAUUAAACAGUCCAACGUGCAGAUCUUGGUGCCGCCGUCCCGCGGUGGAGAGCUCAGCUACCUGUCAAACGCCAUACACGCCGACGUGCCAAACGGCGCCGUGUUUAUUAAUAGGCACAGCCUCGAGAGUGACGGCACAAUAAGCGCUCCUCCUCUGAACAGCAGCUCGCACCCGAUCGGCCUCCCGGUCUCUCCUUCAGCCUUAACGACCAACCUGGUAAACGGCGAGGCCUCGCCAAACUCCAAGCGAGCCAGAGGACGGCCCAAGAAGGAAGAUCAGCCAGCGCCCGGUGUGUACAAUAACGGCACGACUGACGCCAGUGAAAGUCCUUUUCCUGGUGGUAUUUGCGGUAAAAUGCUGAGCGAUUCGGUGCAACUGAGGAACCACGAGGCCCAGCAUGGAUCCGGUAGCGUAGGGAGAGAGCUGGUGUCCGUGGAUAUGACUGUAGCGGCUCCUCAGACUCAGAACUGCGUGCAGACGGACGGGAACCGCAAACGAGAGAGGACAAGACGACACGUGGGCUGCGAUCUGUGCGGGAAGGUGUUCAGAGACGUGUAUCACCUCAAUCGACAUAAGUUGUCUCACUCCGGGGAAAAGCCAUACGCGUGUCCUGUGUGCGGCCUGCGGUUCAAGCGCAAAGACCGGAUGUCUUACCAUGUGCGCUCUCACGAUGGAGCCGUGGGCAAACCGUACGUGUGCCAGAACUGCGGAAAAGGCUUCUCCAGGCCAGAUCACCUAAAUGGACACAUCAAGCAGGUGCACACAACAGAGAGACCUCAUAAAUGUCAGAUUUGUAAUGCAUCGUUUGCAACACGAGAUCGUCUGAGAUCUCACCUGGCCUGCCAUGAGGAUAAAAUCCCAUGCCAAGUGUGCGGCAAGUUCUUAAGGGCUGCUUAUAUGACAGACCACCUGAAAAAACACAGUGAAGGACCUCACAACUACUGCAGCAUAUGCAAUAAAGGUUUUUCCACUGCGUCCUACCUAAAGGUACAUGUAAAAACACACCACGGCUCGUCCAUGCUCCCUCCCUCCACAGCUCAGCAGUUCCUAGAGCCUCGUGACAACGGGCUGCAGAUGCACAACGGUGCCCCCUACCACUCAGGACGCCAAUGUACAGUGGAAGACCUUUGCACCAGUCGCCGGAUUCUGAUGCCCUUUCCUGAGGCAGAGGGGUGUUUUCGGGGGUUUUCAGGGCCUGCAAUUCUCGCUCAACCAGGCCCUCCUGCCCUUGGUGUGCAGCCUGAGCUGUGGGAGCGGCACUGUGGCGGAGCACCAGGCCUCCCAUUGCACGCACCUCUCGCAGUCUUCCUGCCUACAUCUCACUCUGUGUUUCCUUCAGACGGGCAGGAAAAUGCUGCGAAAUGCCCCCAUCAGGAUUCUGAGGGGUCGGACGCUGCAUUCGGGGACCUUUCUAAUGGAACGGAGCUCAAACUGGAGCAUAAGGCUGAAGACAAGGAGCUUGAGGUGACCUCGCUGAUCUUCAAUGGUGAGGUUGAUGGCGCAGCAAACACGCCGUGCAGCUCCAAACAGAAGACGGACACGGAGAAGAAAUUUGCUUGUGGCUUAUGUGGCCAGACCUUCCGCACUAAAUCCUACCUCAACAAGCACCAGCACCGGGUGCACAAGAAACCUAGUGGAACAGGAUCCAGUCUCGUAGAUCUGGGUUCUCCAUUCUCGCCACAGCAAAACAUGUCGCUGCUUGAGUCAUUUGGUUUCCAGAUUGUCCAGUCAGCUUUUGCCUCAUCACUUGUGGACUCUGAGGUAGGGAGCAAUGCUGUAGGGUUAGGGGACAAAUGAACCCUUGGAGAAAAGGAGGCAUUUGCUAUUACCAGAUGUGCACAGCUUUGAGGGGAACUGCAGUUCUACCUUUUCUCAUCAAUGCCAUUGUAAACUGUUGUCUUUUGUGUUGCUUACUGUCAACCUUUAGUUAGUUGAUUUAAUGUUUGACAUGCAAGUUUGCCAGUACGUUUUCCGUUUUUGUUGACAUGAAGCAACCGAGCACUCAAAGUCAGUGUGUGUAUUAAUGAAUCAUCCCACAGAGCCAGUGAAACCCAGGUUGAACUCCUUCGGCUCAUUUUGUGUAGAUACAUGUAACAAAAUCCUGGGCACAAACAUUACUGGAUGCCCUAGGUUCUGAAGUUACUGGGUUUCAUGUGACGUCACAGCCGCCUCAUUAGUUAUUCAAAACUUUAGCUGGUGGUCUACCAAAGCUCAGCUGACAAAGUGUUUGUAUGGAGAAGGUACAUUGCUCGCAUGAAAAAUGAUUUACAUUUGGGUUGUUUUAGGUAGUUUGAAUCGAUCAAACUGUGAAACUGAUAAGUUUCUUCAGGGUUCCCCGUGAACUAAUUAAAGAAAAAGUGAACGAACACAGGAUUUCACAAAAAGCCGUCAAGAAAGGUGGCUUUUGAACCUCUCACUGAAAUCGAAGAGAGCCGAGUCAAAGCGUGCGCGAGUUUGCAGUGAUCACUUCAUGAAAGGUUUGUAUAUCCCUCUCAGUUAUGUCCUUAGUGUUUUCCAAGUACUUUUCUUGCUGUGUCGUUACUUUUUUUUUUUGUUUGUUUGUUUGUUUUAAGUCACGAAGCGCUAAAGUCCCCAGCUGUUUCUUUGUUUAUUCCUCAUACAAUGCACCGUGAUCACUUCUCCGUCUUGUUUACGUAAGAUCCAGGUCUUUAAAAGGGUUUCUGAUGAUCUUUGUGAAUGAUUUACCUGAGAGAUAAGAGUGAACACACAUGAGAAUCAAGCGAACUGUUUGUUUAAACUUCAACUUGCAGUGCUUCAUUGUAAAGACACAAAUGAAAAGCUAAAAAAAACCCCCAUACUUACACAGGUAAAAACAAUACAGGAUUCAUUUGGCAGCGACUUGAUACCGAGGUCCUUUACCCAGCCACAUACAAAAAAGUUGUAGGCCUCCAUACUCUUCCACGCUUUCAUCUGUUUUGCGGUGUACAGUGCCUUGAAAAAGUAUUCA